AUGACCAGUGCGAAAGGGUUGAUUGAAUACUUCAGGAGCAAUCCAACGGCCCAGACUAUACGGAUCGAGUCCCGCACAAGAGUGGAGUACCCUGAAGUCACAAUAUGCCCAGGCGUCACGUGGAAUUUCACUGCACUCAAACUCAUCAACGUCACCGGAGUUUCAGCUUACAACGCAAUUUGGAGCGACUUGUUUCAGGAAAAGCUUAAUAUUGGCGUCUUGGAAGCACUGAAUUUAUAUUCCUUAACGGACCUUUCUAAAAUUGUGGUUCUAUGUACUUUCCCCAUCAAUCCCCAAAAUUACGAAUAUUAUCGUUGUUCUCCUCGUGGUGGAUGGACCUGGAUAGAUGGUACCCGGAUCUAUGAAACGGAAGACUCCAUCGACCAAUCCGGUGAAUUUGGCGAACCCUAUUACGAGAUCCGCAUAGACUCGCCGGACGAACCGUUCACAGCAGUGAGGAAUGUGACAUCCUCAGGGAAGACCUUCUUCCUCCUGGGCGAAAGGAGUUACAUGCUGAGCCUCUCUCUCAAGUACUACGAAUUCUUGCCUACAGGAAGUAAGUGCAAUGGGGACGAGGACUACGACUACAAGAAGUGUUUGGAAGCAGCAUUAUUGGAGUUCAUGAAUGGAGCCCCGUGUAUCAAUCCGUUUGUGUUACCGAUCACACACGAGCAAGCAGCAAUGAAGCGCCUUUGCAACACCUCCCAAGACUAUAGAGAUUUUAUAAACUUCCACGAUUACGUGCAUGAAAAUGCCGAUCCUGGAUGUCCGAGGAAGUGCAAGAGGAUAACGUAUAACGUGAUCCAACUCGACGAUCCACAUAUUCCUCCUCCACAUUACGGCAUGAUCAAGUUGAAUACUCCCACUGCCGAAGUUGAGAUCGUGGAAGAGCAGGAGCUGACAUCGCUGGAACAGUUUCUCUCCAACAUCGGGGGAAUGGUCGCGCUCUACUUGGGAGUCUCUUUCAUCGGUCUCUACGAAAGCUUGGAAAUUUUUGCCGUGUGGGUGAUGUCCCGAUUCUUCAAGGCUCAGUUUCCACGCGUACAUGUAUGAAUUAGAUGAGGUAAAAAUUGCGGGAGAGCAUCAUCUCCUUGGCAUGACUGCCGUGCAACGAGUAAUAGGAACACCUGGAAUCAAGUCAGUUCUCCCUUUCAUAUAUUUCCUGGUAUUUUUAACCUAACACGACGGCAGAAUGAGCUGGAAUUGCUGCCAGUUUCUUGUGUGAAAUGCGGUUAGGUCAAAGAGUUUCCGUCUCACGUUUCUCGUCUCUACAUAUGUCGGAUAUUCAAUGCCAACUGCGAAAGUUGAACUGGCUAACGUUUUCACCUAUCGCAAAUCGGAAUUUCGCAAAGAAACUGAAAAAUAUAUUUCAGUGAACGAUUGGAAAGUUGUUUGAUUCGCAUUCUUUCGCAGUCAGUUUCGUCUUUAAAUUCGCUGUAA